AUGACCACCGCCGCAGCGCCACCACUCACCGACGCCGACAUCAUCCGCCUAGCUGAAGACCACCAUCAAACCAGCUUCUCAGUGUCUUCAUAUCUCCCCUCUUCAGAAUCCCACGAAGCGCUUAUUUCCUUUCUGCACUCUCGCUCCUCUUCCCAUUCUCCUUCUCUCGCAGUUUCAGAAUAUACCCAUUCUCUUCUCUCCUUAAUCUCUCUUUCUCCUCAAACUCCCUCUCUCUCUUCUCUGCUUUCCUCACUUCUCGUCAAUUACAUUAAUCUCUUCACCUCGCUUAAAAUCCCACGUGACACAAAUUCUAUCAAAACAAUUCAUUUCUUCAGUACCCUAUUAAAUCAAGUGCCAAUUAAAGAUCUCAAAUCAGCUGUGGACUUAAUUGUAUUGGAUAUAUUACAUAUUGUGAAUUUGGAUGAUGCCCAGUUGCUUGAUCUUUUGCCCAAGUGUUUUGAUUUGAUAAGAGAAAGCGAGAGGGGUGGAGAUUAUGUUAAUUCUGUAUUUGAUCGUGUUCUUGAUUGCAAUUGGUCGAAGGGACUUUUAAUUAAGAUGGUUUCACUUGUAAAGGAUUUCGGGUUUGUCGAUAAGGGGAGGUGUAGAGAGUUUUUGGAGAAGGUGUUUGAUGAAAUGAAGAUUGUGGACUUGCAAGAUUUGCCUUCACUUGUGUACCAGUUACUUGUUUUGGCGUCGAAAGGGUUUAAUAAGAGGGAGGUUAUUGAAGGGAUCGUGGGGUUUUUUGGGUCGAAAAUGGGGUCUAAGGUAACCUCAAUUGUUAGGCAAGUUGAAGGGACUGUCUUGCUUCAUUUUAAUUUCGCAGUGAAGCAGGACCCGUCUUUGGGAAAAGAGGUUAUCGGGCUCGUGAAGUCGGAUGUCCGAGCUUUCAAUCAUUUUACAGUUGCUGUUAUGUUGUCAAUUGCAAGGGUCAGGAGGUUCAGUGAGAAUUCGAUGAGGAUUUUGAAAACAGCAGUGGUGGCUGCUUAUCACGAUUCCAAGUUUUCCAAAGAUUGCAAGUGGCUACCUGAUAAUUUGAAGGAAGAAUAUCUGCAGAGGGUCAAAGUAGUGGAAAAGGCGGUCUUAAGAGCUGUAAAUGAAAGCAAUUAUGGACGGGAGCAUAUUGUGCCUAGCAUUGCUCAGCUUGGUUUUCUAUUGCUGGAGUCAUUGGAAGAGGGAAACCUUAAAGAAUACUGCAGUUCAAAUUGUCUACUGGGCAUUGAGGAGCUUGGUAUUCAGAUUCUUAAAACUCUAUUUGAAGUCCAUGAUAUGGCUAGGAAUGAGAUUAUUAAGCAAUGCAAGUUUCGUGUCCUUUCCUUAAAGCCAACUCAAAGUAUGUUAAUCAUAAGACUGAUCGGCAUUCUGGUACAAAGUUAUCCUUACCCAAUGUUGGAACAUGUUUCCCUUCUGAAGGAAUUGUUGGAUUAUUUCACUUUUAUGAAUGGCAAAGUUGCCUCUUAUCUUGUUACUGCUCUUCUGCCUCUCAUCAAGUUCAGUCAUGAUCUUCAGGACUACACCAUCUUGGUUGUGCGUAAAGCCAUGUUUAGACGAGAAGACACAGUUCGUCUUGCGGCAACAAAUGCCAUUAUUAAUCUUAUACUGGCAGAAAAGCAAUCUAAAACAGAUGGCUUGUCUUCUUUUCAAGACUCAUCAAGCCAAGCCAGUUGCAGCCAGCAAGAGAUACCCCGCAGCACAGGAGGAGGUCUCUUCCAGGAGCUGAGUGCCUUGCUGCAAAGAUGCCUUUAUCAGCAGGCAGAAGUCAAGGAGGUCAUGUACCAUGGACUUGUGAAGCUUGUUUUGGUUGACCCAUCAACUGGAGGGCCAGUCUUUGAUUUUCUCUUACCUCAUUUUCUUUGUUUUUUCAGGGAGGAUACAGAUUGCCAACUUGGGGUCAGUCAAUGUGUUAAAACUGAAAGUGGGAAAACUUUAAUUCAAGAGCCUUUAGAUUGUCUUCUCUUUUGUAUAUCUUUCAUUCUACUCCUCCAACCACAUGGCAAUAUUAAUCGUCAUUCAGACUCUGCAUGGACUUGCUUUGGUUUCUCUCUUUCACAAGAGAAUGAGGAGGGAAGAAAUUUGUCCAGCGAAACACUUUCUUCCGCUUUAUUGAAGAUCCGGAAGUUUCUUCAAAGUGGAAAUUUGAAAGAUAUUCUUGGUCAGACCCAGGAAGAAAACACUACAUGUCUUGGACAAGAGAAAAGAAAAUGCUGCUCUUUGAUUUUACUAGGAAUCGUGGAAGUGCUGUUGAAUACUAUUGCUAAUGAGUUGGAAAAAGCCAGUGAUGCAGAGAAGUCGGAUCUCGAAAAGGAAUUUAUUGGAUUUGUUGAUCUUCAUGACUUGCUGGAAAAAGAUUCAAGUACAUCAAGACAGGGUAACAGCACUAGAAGAGCGAAUAUACGAGCUACUGCUCCUGAUACACCCAAUAUUCAUGAUUCUGGAAACAACAAUUUGACCCAAGAGCGAAUUUCUUUUCUAGCAACUUCAAGCAUCUUUCAGCUUCUGCAGACAGUGGUAAAACUAUACAAUAUUGAAUGCUCUAAUGGUGUUACAGCUUCCCAGAAACAUAGCCAGACAUCCUCGGGCAAGACAACAAAAUGUUGCUCUAAGAUUAUUUCUUUUGUUUUGGAUGCUACCCUUCGUCAAAUUAAAACUUACCCUGUUGUUGGGAAGGAUGAUCCAUUGAAGACAUUGAUCUAUGGAGGUAUUCAUAUCCUGGGGUCCCCAUUGCUGAAAUUGAUCUUUUUGCUCAAAUCUGGACCAAAGUCUACGACAGAUCAGAAGAAAAAGGAAACAAAAGGAAGAAAAGGUGUUGAAGACAGGAAAGAACAUCUCCAUCUAGCCUUUAUUUGCUUAAAAGAAUUGAUCACAAUUAGUAUGCGGAGCUCACAAUUAACUGACUUGCUUGAAGAUUUGUUGUCAGUUGCCACAGUUGAGUAUGGUUUAAAUUAUGAAAGUGAGGAAUCCUCUAAAAUUGAUGAUGAACAUAUAAGAAGUAAAGAAUUGUUCAUUGAGAAACUUCUGAAGCCAUUAAUAUUGGAGCUCCUUGAGCAUUCAUUUUUACGUGAAGUUGAGGUUCUGUAUGAUAUGUUAUUAAUGAUUGGGAAUAAAUUGCCCUGCAAGUGGAAGAAUUCUCAUGGAGCUUGGGCUAUGGAUUUAUGCAAAAGCCCUGGCACUAAUGUUGCAAAAAGUGUCGUUAAAUUGGCCGUGUGUUUAAGCUCACCUCCAAAUGAUUUACUUGUGGCUCAGUCCAUUUCUGAGGAGCUGUUGAAGGUCACUAAAUUAGUAACAGAUGAUUCGUUAGAGGUGUCUGAAGUAUACCCUCUCGUAAACCAGUCAACAAGUACUAGUAUAACAUCCUCUAUACUGCAAUUAAUUGAAGCAGUCAUAGUUGAUUUGGAUUGGGCCGUUAAAGAACUUAAGAAAUUCUGUCUAAUUGUUCAAAAGAGCAUUCAUAUUAAUCGGAAUGGAGAACAUCCUCCUGGAUUGACAUUUGAGGAAAAUCUUUACAUUAGGGCUGAAGCAGUGGUCAAAGUGUUUUCUUCUUUUGCUUUGAUGAGCCUUAAGUAUCCUCAAGCAGAGCAUUUUCUCAGAUUGACUGCAAAGUUUUAUAAGCAUUUAGCUCAGAUGUCAAGGCUUAAGAUGGCUCCCAAGGGAUGCAAGCAGCUUUUACCUAGUCUUCAAUACCAGAAGCUUGUAGAAUUAACAUGCAAACAGCUCACAGUUCCUCUGUAUAACUUUGUGGAGGAGAUGCAGAGGGUAUAGACUUGGGGCAUUUUCCGUAAUUAUACCACAAUGAAUUAUCACAUCAAAAUAAGUUUGUGUGUAAUUUUCCAAUUCUUAUUUUCAUUACACUUGCAGGUUCAACUAGAAAAUGAUAAGAGUAAGGGUGUUAUCAACAAGAUUAAAAGGGAGAAUAAAUGCAUUCCAGACCUGAUCUUCCAGAUAGAAGAUUACGAAAAAUAUCUCAUUCAACUCAGCAAGAGGAGCAAAGUCAAUCUGUUGAGGCAUGCCAAGCGUAGCACUGCCAGGGAUUUCAAAAUAUUGGAUCCUGUCAGGGAAGAAGAUGCUUCAAACCAUGAAGCCGACCAUAACGAUUCUGCAGCAGCCGAAGAAGAAUCAGGCGAGGACUCUAAAGAACACGAAGAGAAUGGAUCAGAAAAUGUGUUAUCACCUCCUGCUGUUGAAGAUUCUGAAUCCGAUGGCGAAAAUGGAGGUUCUUCUCCAGCUGCCAAAAGAUCGAAGAGGCGCAGAGUGGUCCAGAAUUCCGAUGAUGAAGUGUAAUUGCAAGUCGGAACAAGUAUAGUUAAAAUGUUCUCUCUUGAACUGGAUAGUGAGAUAUCCCUUGUGCAAAGUAUCUCAAUGGCACAGUGAAUUUUCAUUUUGUACUAUAAAUAUACAUACAAGAUAUACAGUGAACCUCCUGACUGA